GGCAGAGAUUCGCGUAGGCAGCGUAGGAAGGGUGCAUCCGUUCUAAUGGCGUCAAGACCCAAGCACUGUUGUCACAUUUUGUCCUACAGUGUUUCAAUAUUUUGCUUUGUUUAUGUCGUUCAAGUUUUUCUCGAAGGAGACGAAAAAUCGACGUGGGCUUGCGAAGGUUGGUACAGGAAGCCACAAACAGCUAGUUUUUACAGAUGGCAAGGAAAUAAUCUUAGAAGAAAUUUUCUCCCAUCAGCAGCUGAGUCAAAUGAAUAUGGAAGUAACAACAGAAGAAGCACAAGCAGUGCUGCUGGAGGGAAUGGAAGGUGCACAAUACAUUACCAUCCAAAGGGCCGAUGGAGAGCCUUUGAGCAAAAGUGUUCCUCUUCUAACUCUUAAUGGAGAACUAAUUUCUGAAGGAAUGGUUGUCGAUAUGAUCAAUGCUGGUGUUGGGACAGAUUAUGGUACGGCAACUCAAUAUUAUGAAACAGAAGAUUUAUUACAACAUGAUUUAACAGAGGAAGACAGAAGACUGGCAGCAGCUUUGGUUGCUGUUCAAUUGCAACAACAACAAAAACAGCAACAUCUUCAUAGUCAAUCCCAACAUGAAGAUCCAACUUUACCAGAUGUUUCUCAUCUAGAGACUCUAACUCCUGUGAAUACUUAUUCUAUCCAAACUGUCCCAGAACCAAACCCGGUAUAUCCAACGUUACAACCUUUCAAACGCAUCACACAGAAUGUAAAACAAGAGUUCAUAAACGUAAAAAGCGAGUAUGACGUUGAUGUAUCAGCUGAAAGCAGUGAAGAUGCAGCGCCAAGUUCAGGACCGAAAAGAUCCUUGCCUCAUAAAAAAAGGAUACCUCGUAAAUUGAAACAACAGACCAAAAGAAACUCGGCAAGGAAGGAUGGCAGUAGGAUAAAUACGGAUGUCAUAAACGCUGAUCCUUCCAGCGAUAUACAGACUCAUAUAUUCAAGUGUGAACUGUGCAGUUCUAGGUUUAGUAGCCAAUUAAAAUUUUUCGAACAUUUGAAGGUACAUUAUGAGCCUGUCAAACAGGAAACCAGAAUAGCACAAGCAACCAAUACAAAUAUUACGAUAUCUGUACCAGAGUCUGUUCAAAAUCUGGAAAAUACAGUUAUUGAAGAAUUCAGUGAACCUGAGGAUCUUAUGGAGGGCAUCAGGGGUGUUGUAGAGGAGACAGGUGCACAUAUAGAUGAUGAAACAGAAUCUCCAUUGUCCUCGGUGAACAACGAAUCACCAUUGUGGACGAUUACUGAUGUCACGGAUCACGUACAUAGGGACCAUGUAAAACCAUCAACAGUCAAUGAACAGAGUAUACAUGAUAAAGAUAAGACUGACAUUCCACAAACAACGAAGAAAAAGAAGAUAUUGAAAGCUAGGAAGUCAAAUGACGAAUUAACGUGUCCCCAAUGCGACCGGUCAUUCCAUCAUAAAAAUAGUUUAGUAUACCACAUGCGAUCUCAUAGUGGUGAACGACCUCACCAGUGUGAAGUUUGUGGAAAGAGUUUCUUUGCUGCUAGUGCGUUAAAGGUCCACAAGCGCCUUCACAGUGGCGACAAGCCCUACAAGUGCGAAGAAUGUGGUCGCCACUUUCGUCAAUGGGGAGAUCUGAAGUACCACGCGACUAGUAUUCACUCGGAGCAAAAGCAAUAUCAGUGCGAGUACUGUGGCAAGGAUUUCGCGCGGAAAUACUCUUUGAUUGUUCACAGAAGGAUCCACACCGGUGAAAAAAAUUACCGCUGCGAGUACUGCAACAAAACGUUCAGAGCAAGCAGUUAUUUGCAAAAUCAUCGUCGUAUACACACUGGUGAAAAGCCCCACCAAUGUGCUGUGUGUGGAAAGCCAUUUAGAGUGCGAAGCGAUAUGAAGAGGCACAUGCAUACGCACUCAAGAGGAAGAGCUGAUAGACCCAUGAACAGAGUCAUGGCCGCGAAGAACGUAGCAGAAGAUCACGACAAAGGUUCGCAAGCAAAGACCAUACAAGAUCUCGUUCGUGACUUAAAACUCGAAGUGGAAGCCACAGGAGUUGUGGAGAUCGUUCCUCCUGAUGAUAAUCCUGAAAGUAUUCUACCACAUGCUGGUGGACAAACUUUAGAAUACACAGUCACAACGGCACCAGACACGAACCCUGACAGAGAUCCUUUGGAGGCAGUUGUUCGUACUGAUAACAUGCAGUAUUUCUUCAUGUAAUGACUAUUGGAUUGUUCCUUGUGACAUUGAGAAUGAAAGAUCUCUCGCACAAAAUUGGCGCUUUGUGAGAUCGGAGACACGUCAGAUGUUGAACACGUCAGACUGAUUGAAUCGAAGUACUAUACAUCAACGCACUGCCUAUCGUUGAUGUGCAUAAACGUACUUUCCAAUUUCUUUGCGAGUUACUUUUUAAAAGAAUAUUAUGAAUGUAAUGUUUAAGAAAAAAAUAUUAUUCUUAAGACUGUUUUUAGCAGAAGAACUUGGGAAGUACAAGCAUAUAUAUGUAUAGAAGAAAGCUCCUAUAUUAUAACAAAAUUAUAUCAAUUUAAUUAGUCGGAAAUGUAUAUAAAUACAUGAAUGCAUAUACACAUAUACGUAUAUAGAUAACUUACACGUAUAUAUUGUACUAUAAUUAACGAUAAUUAAGGUAACUAAUGUAAGUGUACAUUUCUUAAGUCCUAGGUAAGUUAAUCGUUUAUAUUCGCGAAUCGUCGUUGACAAAAAAAAUAUAUUUUUUACGUGAAAACAUUU